UUAAUGUAAAGUAUUCUAACUAUAAAGGCAGACACAAGAACGCAAGCUCUCAAUUUUAAUAUUUUUGCCAGGAAAUACAAGUUUUCCACUGCAGUUUUUUGUACCCAAUGUUCGGGACCAAACAUACACAGAGUAUUUAGGGUUAUAAUGUUAAUUACAAAUGCAAAGUAGAUAUGGUAUUGUAAAUGUUUAUUCAGCAGUCAUCAUCGUAACAGUUUACAAUAUUUGGCAUGAUAAAGAUCGAGCUACAAAUGAAGGCGGUUCCAAAGCUUGCCAUGUUAUUUAGGUAACCUAUAGUGCUAGGCUACAAAUUAGCUGAUUUGAAAUUAACAUACCAAGUUAAAAUUGACCAUUCGAAAAUGUCACUCCGCAUGAGAUUGGCCCGCAGUCAACCCAUCAGGCUACUCAGUGGUGUAGCUAAAAAAUGUUGGGCAUUUUCUGGAGCCUAUGUUCUCGCCUGUUUUCUCUUAUAUUGGCUGUACGGUGGCAUAUUCGCAUUCUUUCUGCUAUGCUUCGCUACAACAGGAAUUUUAUAUCACACAGAGGAUCGGCUUCUCUAUCAUCCUGAACUUCCUCCACAUUCACGGGUCUAUGUUCCUGCUCCGUCCAUGUUUAGCUUGCCUUAUCAAAGUGUAUACACUAGAUCUGGAGAUGGCACAAUGCUGCACAUGUUUUUUAUAUCUCAGUCAGAAGAAAAAGCGAAGAAGGUGCCUACACUUUUAUUUUUUCAUGGCAAUGCUGGAAACAUGGGACAUAGGCUUCAGAAUGUCGCUGGAUUAUAUCGGAAGUUGGAGUGUAAUAUUCUCAUGCUAGAGUAUAGAGGCUAUGGACUUUCACAAGGUUCUCCAUCUGAAGAAGGCCUUUAUAUGGAUGCCAGAGCUGGGUUGGACUAUUUAUCUACCCGCACUGACAUCAAUACCGAUGAAAUUAUCAUUUUUGGAAGAUCUCUAGGUGGAGGGGUAGCGAUCGAUUUGGCGAGUAGGCCAGAAUAUGCUAAAAAAAUUUGGUGUCUCAUUUUAGAAAAUACAUUUACAAGCAUACCAGAUAUGGCAGCCCUUCUUGUUGGCUCUAAACUGCUCCAAUAUCUUCCCCUGUUCUGUUAUAAAAAUAAGUAUAUGUCAUUGCAGAAAAUUAGCUCGGUGACCGUACCGAGCUUAUUUAUAUCUGGUUUGGCGGAUACUUUGGUACCACCGAGAAUGAUGACUGAAUUAUACGAGCGCUGUGGAAGUUCGUACAAAGGAAUGCUACCGGUGCCUAAUGGCACUCACAACGAAACAUGGAAUCAGUCGGGCUACUAUACAAGUAUAUCAUCUUUCCUAAGUCAAUUGAGGGAGAAUCCACCGGCUAGGGUAACAACGAGUCAUUGGCAGAUAGAUCACGUGUAAUGACAAUAGUUUUACAACGCUCAAUAUUGCGUCCAAAAAUAUUUUAGUGUACAAUUUAGUGCUAUAUUUAGUACGAGAAUAUUUAUCUCAUAAACAAAAAAGUACAUGAAUUAUAUUCUUAAUAUGACUUUCUAUGAUACUAAUAAUGCAAGUAAUCGAAUAUUAAUAAGGAACAUGUAAUUUAGUUAAUUAAAUUAACUGGAUCAAUCGUCCAAAGUAGAUGAGCAGAUCAAAAGUCUUCAAUAGCCAAAGCUUGAAAAUAGUUCCAUAGUUUUUUCAAUCGGUUCUAGUUUACGUAAAUAAUAGUAUGAAGCCGAAUAUUUUGUAGUUUUUAUUCAGCACAUGUGUCGAACAAUUUUAUGAAGGUCUGAGGUCAAACUCUUUUCCCAAUCUGUUUUCAUUUCUGGUGAUAUUGCUUUUGCAAAAAAUUCGAUAGGUCUUCCAAAUAUAUUCUAUUAUUAGCGCAUGAUAAUUAUCUCAAUCAAAUUUAGUUCUAAUUUCUUAUAACAGGCAGUAAAUCUCAUACGUAUUCAUGUAACGAAACGUUACGGUCUCUCGCGCAAAAAUCUCUACCCUAUAAAAUUGAAAUGAUUUGUUUUAUUUUAUCUUUAUUUCCGAAAUUACUCGACGAUAAUUGAUUGACACAGUAGUUACUUGUGCUGUUGUGAUUUUUUUUCGUUCGCAAUUCAGCUUGUAGAAGAGAGUCAAUUCAUAGAUUGUAAAUAUAUAGUAUACGUAUGUACAUAUGAACAGAAAAAAACAAUCGAAAUUGUUACAAUAUUACACGAAUUAGAUAGAGCACAUCACGAUUCCAUGCAGAUCACAUGCGGGAUCGUUAGUGAAUAUGUAAUGAAAAAAAUCAGUCAAUAUCUAGGUAUAUAAUAUUGUGUAACAUGUCUUAUUGGCAGUAUAAUAUCGCACAGUCCACGAGCAUCAUGUUCGGGAGCUUGAGAUUUAUAUUUUUAUUUUAAUAUGUGUAACACGUGAAUCACGUACAUAAAUGACGGUGUAUCAUGCAUUAACGAACAAAUUAUUUCAAAUUUAAACCAAUAGCGACGUGAAAAUUAAAUCUUCAACUCUAACAACAAUAAAAAAAGACGAAUAAUUAUGAGGUGA